AUAAAAGUCAGCGUCUCUCCUCGCUGUCAGUCACUGGAAGCAACUUUUUCAAGUCACUUGUCAGUGCCAGCCUCACAUCUUUACUGACACCAGACAUGACAGGAGGGACACAAGUCUACCUGCUGGUCCUCGCACUGUGCGGCUGUGGUCGACUGGUAUGGGGUCACACCGGUUUCCAUCAAGAGGGUUCGACUUUUCAGAAGAGAGAGCCACCCCUUUCCAUCAGCAACUUCAGCCACCCGUGCAUGGAUACCUGGAAAUGCGUGUCCGAUAAACUUGGCCUCAAGCAGCUGAUGUCGACAGGCGGGAUAAGCCUGGCAUCCAUCAGUGCCAGCGAGGUUAUCGACCCUUUGUGCAGUGAGCGGCUGCCUGCUGCAAGGAAGUGCUUGGAGACCAGCACCAACCCUAACUGCACCUCGAAGUCCUCUUUCUUGGACAUCUAUCGCGCUUUCUGCAAAGUCAAGGAGGGUCUAAAGGCCGGUCACACGUGCUGGAAUGCCACUGACGUUGGGCAGCGAAAUGAGACGUGCAUGGCGACGUUCCUAGCCGCACCCAAGACCAGCGACCGCUGUGGAUCGCUGCCCACCCUCCAGACCUGUCUCGUCACCAAACUGCAGGCCACGUCCGCCUGCACCAAGGAGGAUGUUGAGGUGGUCAAGUCUCUUGUUGCUGACAGCAUCUCUCAUGUCUGCAACAAAAGCAAAUAGCUGGCCACAUCGCUGGGCUAUUCGUCUCCUCGCUCAUCUGCGAUAAUAUCUACGAUGACGAGACAGUAACUGUAGCCCUAUAGUCGUCAGCUGACGGUAGCAGUAGUCUCUCUUUGUGUCACACAUAUCUUUACGGACAUACACCGACAUACCGCAGGUGAGCUUAAAGUUUCGCCGAAAACAAUUGUCAGGAUCUGAUUCUGCAAGUGAAAAAUGAUUAUUAUUAUUAUUACUGUAGUCUGAUGCUAGCAACUGCAAUAGAUGAUUAUGUUUCUUGAGACGAUCGUGUAAGCAACAGAGAAGUGUCGAUGGUAUUUUUCUUCUUUAACGAACGAUUUCGAACUUAGGGCCUUUUGACCUCCGUCUUCGAGCAGUUUGUGGGCUUCUGCCUUAGCAACAUUUAAAAUAAACUCGUCAACUGACAUGAUGA